CGCCGUGGACUACCCAUGUGGGAGCUCCUUCUGGAGGAGACAGAGCUUUAGGUUUGUUUCUAUGGCACGGGCUUUUGGGAAUGCCGGCGACUGAGCGUCCUUUUGGCGUCUUUUCUGUUUUUGUCCCAAUUAAAUUUGGCUCGAGAAGGAAAACGCGUCCAUCAAGUGUCUCAUAGUGUUUUUUUCUGCUAAACCACUCAUAACGUGGGAUUAAUGGAGAUAUUGCAAAACAAAUCCCCCCAUGCCUUGAAGCGCUACCCCACUGGUCUCGUAUGGGACAGUCUGUUCAAUGGCGUGACGGCUGCUCAGAGUCGGUUUUAUCGUAAAGGACCGUGAUAUCUCCCCGAACAGCAGCGCGCGUUUCUUCCCUCCAGGACCUUGACUUUUUUAUUUGGAAGUUUUUGGAAAGUCCACAGAUCUACCUAACAAACUGGAUCUAAAAUGAAAAGCCACCGAUUUGCUCUUGCGGGCUUAUGGUGGAGCUCGUAUUGCAUGUUCCUCGUGGCGGGUAGCGGUAAUUUAGCUGAUUUUAACAACGAUCUUCAGCUGCAUCGGCGGCUGCGGACUCACGAAAAGCGAGAGAUGCAGAAGGAAAUCCUGUCCAUCCUCGGGCUGCCGCACAGACCCAGACCGCAUCUGCUCAACGGCAAGUAUAAUUCUGCCCCGCUUUUCAUGCUGAACCUGUACAACACGAUAAACAGCGAGGAGAGAAACGAAGUGGACGGCAUUUUAGACCAGUAUAAGUCCAUGUUCACCACGCCAGGACCCCCUUUAGCCACAUCUCAAGACAAUGCUUACUUGAACGACGCUGACAUGGUGAUGAGCUUCGUAAAUUUGGUGGAGUAUGACCGGGAGUUGUCUCCGCACAGAAGACACCAUAAGGAGUACAAGUUCAACUUGUCUCAGAUCCCAGAGGGUGAGGCAGUUACAGCAGCAGAGUUCAGGAUCUACAAGGAAUGCGUGAGCAGUACUUUCCGCAAUGAAACUUUCCUACUCAGUGUCUUCCAGGUGGUGGGCGAACACCCAGACAGAGAUGCGGAUCUGUUUCUUUUGGAGUCCCGCCAGCUAUGGGCAGUGGAAGAAGGCUGGCUAGAGUUUGACAUCACAGCCACCAGCAACCUGUGGGUUAUGAGUCCCCAUCACAAUCUGGGUCUACAGAUCAGUGUGGAGACCAGCAGUGGACAAAAUAUCAGCCCCAGAGAAGCAGGUUUAGUGGGCCGUGAUGGAGCUCUGGAGCGGCAGCCCUUCAUGGUGGCCUUCUUCAAGGUGAGCGAGGUCCAUGUCCGCACGGCCCGUUCCACAGGAAAACGCAGACAGCAGAGCCGUAACCGCUCCAAUCAUCCACAGGAGGCGCACAAGGGCCCCGGACACACAGAUUAUAACAGCAGUGAUCAGAAGAUGGCAUGCAGAAAGCACGAGCUUUAUGUUAGCUUCAGAGAGCUGGGCUGGCAGGACUGGAUCAUUGCACCUGAAGGCUACGCAGCCAACUACUGUGAUGGUGAAUGCUCGUUCCCACUGAAUGCUCACAUGAAUGCUACCAAUCAUGCUAUUGUACAGACACUGGUCCACCUGAUGAAUCCUGAAAAUGUCCCAAAGCCAUGCUGUGCCCCCACCAAGUUGCACGCCAUCUCCGUGCUCUACUUUGAUGACAAUUCCAAUGUCAUUCUGAAGAAAUACAAAAACAUGGUGGUGCGUGCUUGUGGCUGUCACUGAUCCUGAGGACAUCAUGCUAGCUUACCCGCCCCCCUCCCGCCCAGCGGCUGCAGCUCAGUGUUUGUGUGUGAGAGAAAGACAACAGGAUAUGUUGUGUGUGUGUGUGUAAUUUAUAUAUG